AUGCCUCUACGAAACAGAUACACGGCCGACAACAUCCCCUCCUACAUCAAGGAGCUGGAAACAAAACCUGAAUUCAAAAUCCUCAAACCCCUCGUCCAACAAGACACCUCGUAUUCUCCUUCCGAGGCAGUCCAGAAAAUCGUCGAAAUCACCAAGACACUGCGGGACAGUCCACUCGGCAAUCACUGCUGGGACACAUGCUGUGCCCUUCUUGAACUUGCAGCACAGACUGCGCCAGGGCAGCACAACAGAUUGGUUGAGUUUGUGGUGCAUCUGAAAAACGCAACGGUAAACGACGAGAAUGGACAGCCGUUAAUGGUUGAAGAUGGAAUCGUCUGGACUGGACUACCCACGUUUGGCUAUGGAUUCACGGAUGAAAUGUUUUUUGGUAUGUCCUUUCUCCCUUUUGAUAACGAAAACACACCCGAGGAAAUCGAGCGAUGGCUCAACAAAGCUGCCUUCAUGGCUGUUUUGUCAGAUGCAUGCGGCCAGCCCAACACGCCCGAAUGGAUGGAGAUUAUCGACGCCUCUCCAUAUGCGCAGAUGGAGUUUUCAGAUGCCUUCCCUCAGUCUCGGAAAGGGCCUGAAACUGCUGUGCAGUCGGCUUGUUUGUGGUUUAUUUACGGGGGAGAGAAGCUGUGGAAGAAUGUCCACACUGGCUGGAGAGGGUUUAAUCACGAGGGAUGGGUCUUUUGGAAGGAGAGACUAACGGCUGCAGAGGGUGAUUAUAAUGAUGAGACGAAUAAGCUGAUUCGGGAUGCGUUGGAGAGCAUCAGAAAGGCUGAACACUAG